AUGGCUCAAUCACCGUUCAAAGCACAAGAACGCCUCUCUCAAGUCUCCUCCCACCUCGGCGGUUCCUCCGGUCUCAAGCAAUCCAUCUUAUCCAAAUCUCCCGACGAUGUCGUUGUCACCUGUGCCCUACGCACCCCCUUCACCAGGGGCGGUCGGGGCCUGCUCAAAGACACUGCGGCUGCGGACCUGUUGGCUCUGACACUCAAGAACCUGAUUGACCGCUCCAAGAUUGACCCCAACUUAGUGGAAGACAUUUCCACCGGCUGCGUGCUUGCUCCGGGCGGCGGUGCAACUGAAUACAGAGCCGCAGCAUUGGUUGCGGGCUUCCCGGAGUCGACUGCUGUCAAAUCACUGAACAGACAGUGUUCCAGCGGAUUGCAGGCGUGCGUUGACAUUGCUAAUGCUAUCAAGGCCGGCAUGAUCGAGAUCGGGAUCGGCUCCGGUGUCGAGAGCAUGUCCUCGCAAUACGGACCUGGUGCUGUCACUGAGUUUUCGGAACUGUUGGAAAAUCACAUGCAAGCGGCCAACUGCAAGGUGCCCAUGGGUGUCCUGUCAGAGCAGAUGGCCAAGGACCGCCAAAUCUCCCGCGCCGAUCAAGAUGUUUUUGCGGCCAGCUCAUAUCAAAAAGCCCUAAAGGCGCAGCAAGCUGGUCUGUUCGAUGAAGAAAUUGCCCCCAUCACCGUCAAAGUGACCGACCCGAAGACCGAGCAAGAGAAGACCGUUACCGUGACCAAAGACGACGGCAUCAGACCGGGCAUGACACCCGAAUCGCUGGGCAAGAUCCGUCCCGCCUUCGCCAAAGACGGUUCCAUCCACGCCGGCAAUGCCUCGCAGGUCUCAGAUGGUGCCGCUGCUGUGCUGAUGAUGAAGCGUAGCACUGCCGAGCGCCUGGGUCAGCCUAUCCUCGGCAAAUUCGUGGCUUCGUCCGUGGUUGGCGUCCCGCCGUUACUUAUGGGCAUUGGGCCAUGGAAAGCCAUUCCCAUUGCACUGGAGAAAGCCGGCGUCCCCAAGAACGACGUGGACAUCUACGAGAUCAACGAGGCAUUCGCCAGCCAGGCGGUCUGGUGCAUCAAGGAACUCGGUCUGCCGUUCGACAAGGUUAAUCCCAAGGGCGGCGCUAUUGCAUUCGGACAUCCCCUUGGCUGCACGGGUGCCCGGCAAGUGAGCACGUUGUUCACGGAGCUCAAGCGGACGGGCAAGAAGAUUGGUGUCACGAGCAUGUGUAUUGGUACUGGAAUGUGA